AUGGCUGAUGCCACCAAGUACAUUCCCAUAGGGGGCACCCUUAGCUCAGACCCCAAGAGCUUCUUCUCCAUUCCCAAAACCAGAAAAACUCUCACUUUUGCCUAUGCUUUCACUUUUGCCUUUGUUGCUUUAACAGUUUUCCUUGCCUUUUGCCCCUCUCCAAACACCUCCUCUCCCUUCUUCACCAACAUAUUCUCUUCCUCUGCCUCCUCCACUUCCUCCACUACUGCCUACAAGUCCCAACUCUCUUCUAUUUUCUCUUUCUUCUUCAACAACACCACUUCUUCAUCAUCAUCCAAUUCCUCAAUUGCUACUAACCUUAACACCACCACUUCUAGAUCUACCAACAACACUUUUCAAACUCCUCCAACAAGUAAAAAGCCUUUUAAAACCACCCCGUUUGAAAACCAAACACAAACCACCCCGACUGUAAGCAAGAUACCCAGCAAUCACACAGCAAAACCGCAUGAUCAUGUUGUGAAUAAAGAAACAUCUAGUGUUUCCAAUCGUACCCGAGUUUCUGGAGAGGUUAAAGCUUUAAAGAAUGCAAAUCAAUCUUCUAAUGGUGUUGCUCCUACGCCCAAGGUUUCAGGGGGGAGUCCCGUUAAGAAUUUGAGUUCUUCGGGGAAAGGAGGGAACACAGAGAAGGGUGUUGUGCAUAGUAAUUACACGGCUUCCCUGGUGAAGAAACAGAAGAAUGGGAACAACGAAACGGAUUCGAAGGUGGAGGACGAAAUGAUUGAGGCUUUGAUCAAGUGUGAUUUUUUUAAUGGGGAAUGGAUUAAGGAUGAUUCUUAUCCUCUCUAUGAACCGGGGUCUUGCAAUCUGAUCGAUGAACAGUUCAAUUGUAUCCAAAAUGGAAGACCUGAUACAGACUACCAGAAAUAUAAGUGGAAGCCAAAGGGAUGCAGUCUCCCAAGGUUGGAUGGACAUCGAAUGCUGCAUAUGUUGAGAGGCAAGAGGCUGAUUUUUGUCGGUGAUUCUAUCAAUAGGAAUAUGUGGGAAUCUCUCAUUUGCAUCCUGAGAAACUCUGUGAAAGACAAAAGCAAUGUAUAUGAAGCAAAUGGAAGAGUCCAUUUCAAAGGGGAAGCCUCUUAUUCAUUCAUAUUCAAAGAUUAUAACUUCUCCGCGGAGCUUUUCGUAUCCCCAUUCUUAGUUCAAGAAUGGGAAAUUCAAGUAAAGAAUGGAACAAAGAAGGAAACACUUCGUCUUGAUUUAGUUGGUAAAUCUUCUGUUCAAUAUAAAAAUGCAGAUAUAAUAAUCUUCAACACUGGUCACUGGUGGACUCAUGAUAAAACUUCAAAAGGGAAGGACUAUUACCAAGAGGGAAGCCAUAUCUACAACGAACUGAAUGUUCUGGAGGCAUUUCGAAGGGCUAUAACCACUUGGAGUAGAUGGAUUGAUGCCAACAUAGAUUCAUCCAAGUCUAUGAUUUUCUUCAGAGGCUAUUCUGCUUCACAUUUCAGCGGAGGGCAGUGGAAUUCUGGUGGACAAUGUGACAGUGAAACUGUGCCAAUCAAGAAUGAUAAGUACUUGAAGGAAUACCCUCCUAAGAUGAGGGUGUUGGAAAAGGUUUUGAAGUAUAUGAAAACCCGUGUCACCUACCUAAAUGUCACUAAAAUGACAGAUUUCAGGAAGGAUGGCCAUCCCUCUAUUUAUAGGAAGCAAAAUCUAUCACCAGAGGAGAGGAAAUCACCAUUGAGUUUCCAAGACUGCAGUCACUGGUGUCUCCCUGGAGUUCCUGAUGCAUGGAAUGAGAUCCUUUAUGCUGAGCUUCUUUUGAGACAGUAUCAAAAUCAGCAUCAGAAGAAGAGACCAUAG